AUGGCGGGUCUUUGGAACGAUUUGGUCUCUUGCGGACAGAUGGCCUUGUCGCUUCUAAGCGUCAGAUCAUUCUUGAUAGGAUUGGCCCUCGCCAACAUGAAGAACUGGCACUUUGUCUGGACCAUCCGAUUCCUACGCGCCUUUAUCCGACGUCUAACAGACUCCGCGCCGCCGAAGCACCUAAGCUCACGAUGCCUCUUCCUCCCAGCCAUUUCCGCGACGCGAUCGCCGCUGUUGGAAUGUGAUUACAACAUGCACAAGUCCAACUCGACUUACUUCACAGACCUCGACAUGUCUCGCGGCAACAUCAGUCUGGUGCUCUUCCGGGAACCUUUCAACCCGUUCCCGGGACCUAAACACUUCAUCAUGAUCCUCGGCGGCGCACAGUGCGUCUGGCGUAAGGAGAUUGCGCCUUACGAAAAGUACGAGCUGUGGACGCGGGUGUUGUCGUGGGACGAGAAGUGGAUAUAUCUCGUGUCACACUUUGUAGAAGCAGAUGUAUUCGUGCCGGGGGAGUACGCGAUGCAACCAGGCCCGAGGGAAAAGAAGAACAAAUACGGAGGAAUUGAGGCUAAAGAUCCUCAAAAGGCUGUCUUUGCAUCGUCAAUCGCUAGAUACGUUUUCAAGAACGGUCGAAGAACGGUGCCUCCGGAACAGGCCUUGUCUAGAUGUGGCUUGCUGCCGGCCGACGAAGCCGAGUCGGCCGAAAUGGAACGGCUGAGAUUGAAAUGGCUGCCCGUAGCCCAGCUCAAAUCCGGUUGGGAUUCCGUGCAUGGUCUUUUCGAGCCUGGUGAGCUCGCUCUCGGCAGAUACACCGACCUCUGGUGGCGAUGA